GGAGAGGAAGAGGGAGGGAGGGAGAGGGAGAGAGACGGAUAUCUCAGGUCAUCUGCAGCUGCAGCGAGUCUGAGGAGCCGAGGAAGGCAGGGAAGAUGGCGAUCCUCCAUUGCUGAGACCCGGCAGAAGCACAUGAGACUCCCAAACAACUUCCACAACAAUAACCAGAGCAGGAAGAGGAGAAAGAGAAAGAGGAUAAGGAGGCGUUGGGGCUGGAAACCCGAAACACCUCCUGGCGCCGGGACGCUUCUUCUGUUCCUAAUGUGAGAGGAUAGACCUAGACCAUGGAGGUGCUUCAGUGUGAUGGCUGUGACUUCAGAGCCCCAUCUUAUGAAGAUCUCAAGGCGCAUAUUCAGGAUGUUCAUACGGCAUUCCUGCAGCCGACUGAUGUUGCUGAGGACAAUAUUAAUGAGCCAAGAUCGGGGUCCAUGAAUGCCAGUAAUCAGACAGAGGUGGAGUUUUCUUCGAUAAAGGAUGAAUUUGCGAUUGCAGAGGAUUUAUCAGGUCAAAAUGCAGCUGCAUUGGGGACCGGAAGUUACUAUGGCCACAGUCCAGGAUAUUACGGUCAGCAUAUUGCCCCUAAUCCCAAACCAACAAACAAGUUUUUUCAAUGCAAGUUCUGCGUACGCUACUUCAGGUCAAAAAACCUCCUCAUAGAACAUACGAGGAAGGUCCAUGGCGCUCAAGCUGAAGGGAGUUCGGCGGAAUCGCCUAUUCCAGGAUCCUUAAACUAUAAUAUCAUGAUGCACGAGGGAUUUGGAAAGGUCUUCUCAUGCCAGUUUUGCACGUACAAGUCACCAAGAAGGGCAAGAAUAAUUAAGCAUCAGAAGAUGUACCACAAAAACAAUUUGAAGGAGACCACUGCUUCCCCCACUGAUCCUACUCCAAUGCCAGAUGCUGUGGUUCCACCCAUGUCUCUUCAGGACCCUUGUAAGGAACUGCCCGCAGAGGUGGUGGAGCGCAGCAUCUUAGAAUCCAUGGUCAAGCCUUUGACCAAGUCUCGAGGCAACUUUUGUUGUGAGUGGUGCAGCUACCAGACGCCCCGCCGAGAACGCUGGUGUGAUCACAUGAUGAAGAAACACCGCAGUAUGGUCAAGAUCCUUUCGAGUCUCAGACAAGAAGGGACUAAUGUACCUGAUGUACAGAACAAUGAUGCUCCCAGCCCCCCGUCCAACUCCACCUAUCUGUCCAUGAAUUCUGCAAGCCGAGAGAUACCCAACACUAAUGUCUCCAACUUCCGGAGCUCUGUGGGAAACUCCAUCAUGAGGCCCAAUUCUUCUUCAGCUUCCAAGUUUUCUCCCAUGUCUUAUCCUCAGAUGAAGCCGAAGUCACCUCACAAUUCUGGCCUAGUUAGCUUGGCAGAAAGAUCCCGUUAUGGAAUGUCUGACAUGACAAAUUCUUCUACUGACCUGGAAACUAACAGCAUGCUAAAUGACUCUAGUUCUGAUGAAGAUUUAAAUGAAAUAGACAGUGAGAAUGGUUUAAAUUCUAUGGAUCACCAGACAGCAGGUUUGUCUGCAGAGCAACUGAUGGGCUCAGAUGGCAACAAGUUAUUGGAGACCAAAGGGAUACCAUUCAGAAGAUUCAUGAAUCGCUUCCAGUGCCCCUUUUGUCCUUUCCUCACCAUGCAUCGACGUAGCAUCUCUCGUCACAUUGAAAACAUCCACUUGUCUGGAAAGAUAGCUGUCUACAAAUGUGAUGAAUGUCCAUUUACUUGCAAGAGCUCACUAAAACUUGGGGCUCACAAACAGUGUCACACGGGUACAACGUCAGAUUGGGAUGCUGUGAAUUCCCAGACUGAAAGCCUUUCUUCCUCUUUGAAUGAAGGUGUGGUGUCUUAUGAGAGCUCAAGCAUCAAUGGUAGGAAGUCAGGGGUCAUGUUGGAUCCCUUGCAGCAACAACAGUCACCCCAGCCACCACCGCCACCGCCGCAGCCACAGCCACAGCCUCCGCAGCAGCCUCAGCCGCCGCAGCUACAGCCACCACAUCAGCUACCACCCCAGCCGCAGCCCCAGCCACCACCAACACAGCAGCCCCAGACACCCACACAAGCCCCACCCCUGCACCCUUACAAAUGCACCAUGUGUAAUUACUCCACCAUGACUCUGAAAGGGCUAAGAGUCCAUCAGCAGCAUAAACACUCAUUCUGUGACAACUUGCCAAAAUUCGAGGGACAGCCCUCAAGCCUACCAUUGGAAAGCGAGACAGACAGCCACCCCUCUUCCAGCAACACUGUGAAGAAAAGCCAGACCUCAAUUCUUGGGUUGUCCUCCAAGAACAAUUUUGUAGCUAAGUCCUCUAGGAAGCUCACUAAUGACUUUCCUCUUGAUUUAUCGCCUGUGAAGAAGAGAACUAGAAUUGAUGAAAUAGCAAGCAACCUGCAGAGCAAAAUUAACCAAACCAAACAGCAGGAAGAUGCAGUGAUCAAUGUGGAAGACGACGAGGAGGAAGAAGAAGACAAUGAAGUGGAGAUAGAGGUUGAGCUGGACCGGGAAGAAGAGCCAACAGAGUCAAUUAUGGAGAUUCCUACUUCUUUUUCAGCACAACAGAUUUGGGCAAGAGAUGUCAGUGAGCCCCAGAAGGACCUCAACUUCAGAAGUGUCACCCAUGAUUACAACGCCACCAAUGGGGCUGAGAUUGAGCUCACCCUUUCAGAAGAUGAAGAGGACUAUUAUGGCUCCUCAGCAAACAUGAAAGAUCACCAAGUUUCCAAUACCGCUCUGCUGAACACCCAACCUCCUAUCUAUGGAACUGAGCACAAUAAUGAAAAUACAGACUUUAGUGACUCUGGAAGGCUCUACUAUUGUAAACACUGUGACUUUAACAACAAAUCUGCUCGGAGUGUCAGCACCCACUACCAGCGAAUGCACCCAUACAUUAAGUUCAGCUUUAGGUACAUCUUGGACCCCAAUGAUCACAGUGCAGUGUACAGGUGCCUGGAAUGCUACAUCGAUUACACCAACUUUGAAGAUCUUCAGCAACACUACGGUGAACACCACCCGGAAGCCAUGAAUGUACUCAACUUUGAUCAUUCAGACCUGAUCUACCGGUGUCGAUUUUGUUCAUACACGAGCCCGAAUGUGAGAAGCCUGAUGCCACAUUACCAAAGAAUGCAUCCCACAGUUAAGAUUAACAAUGCGAUGAUCUUUUCAAGCUAUGUCGUGGAGCAGCAGGAAGGGCUGAAUACGGAAUCCCAGACACUGAGGGAGAUUCUGAAUUCGGCUCCCAAGAGCAUGGCGACUUCAACUCCUGUGGCUCGUGGUGGCGGCAUGUCAUCUACGUUUAAUAAAAACACUCCUUCGAAGACGUUUACUCCAGAAUGUGAAAAUCAGAAAGACCCUUCAGUUAACACCGUUGUGGUUUAUGAUUGUGAUGUUUGCUCAUUUGCAAGCCCCAACAUGCACUCUGUCUUGGUUCAUUAUCAGAAGAAACACCCUGAAGAAAAAGCCUCCUACUUUAGGAUCCAGAAAACCAUGCGAAUGGUGUCUGUGGACAGGGGAUCUGCCCUUUCUCAAUUGUCAUUUGAGGUGGGUGCUCCAAUGUCUCCCAAAAUGUCCAACAUGGGUUCCCCACCCCCCCCACAACCCCCACCACCAGACCUCAGUACUGAGCUUUACUACUGCAAACACUGUUCCUACAACAAUCGCUCAGUAGUGGGAGUGCUUGUCCACUACCAGAAAAGACACCCAGAAAUAAAGGUUACUGCCAAAUAUAUCAGACAGGCUCCUCCCACAGCCGCAAUGAUGAGAGGGGCUGAGGGGCCCCAAGGCUCCCCUCGGCCACCCGCCCCCAUGCAACAGCUGAACCGCAGCAGCUCUGAGAGAGAUGCCCCUCCUGUGGAGACUGAGAUGUUCUUUUGUCAGCACUGUGAUUACGGGAAUCGAACGGUCAAAGGUGUACUCAUUCAUUAUCAGAAAAAGCACCGAGACUUCAAGGCCAAUGCAGAUGUGAUCCGGCAGCACACAGCCACCAUCCGAAGCCUCUGUGAUCGGAACCAGAAGUCGGCGGGCUGCAUGCUCAUCCCCUCGUCUAAUGUGGAGCGGGACAAGGCUAAACUCCGAGCUCUCAAAUGUAGGCAGUGUUCAUAUACCUCCCCCUAUUUCUAUGCACUGAGGAAGCAUAUCAAGAAAGACCACCCUGCCCUGAAGGCCACAGUCACUUCCAUCAUGCGAUGGGCCUUUCUAGAUGGUUUGAUAGAAGCUGGCUACCACUGCGAAUGGUGCAUCUAUUCCCACCCGGAGCCCAGUGGUUUGCUCCUACAUUACCAAAGGAGGCAUCCAGAGCACUACGUUGACUAUACUUACAUGGCUACCAAACUCUGGGCUGGGCCAGACCCAUCCCCUCCCUCUCUCACCAUGCCAAUUGAAGUCAAAACAUACAGGUGCAGGGACUGUGUAUUUGAAGCCUCCUCCAUCUGGGACAUCACCAAUCACUACCAAGCAUUCCACCCCUGGGCCAUGAAUGGUGAUGAAUCAGUGCUGCUGGAUAUCAUCAAGGAGAAAGAUGCUAUUGAGAGGCCAAUCUCCCUGUCUGAAGAGCUGGGGGGCCCAUUGAAUUGUGAAAACAAUAUGCCCACCCCAAUCCCUGAGCAGGAAGUGGAAUGCCCAGAGGACCCAAGACUCUCCCCAGAGAAAAGCAUCCAGCUCACUUCUGCCAACCCUGCCAUCUCCUCCACCCCGUACCAGUGCACGGUAUGCCAGUCUGAGUAUAACAACUUGCAUGGCCUGCUGACCCAUUAUGGGAAGAAGCACCCAGGCAUGAAAGUGAAGGCUGCUGACUUUGCCCAGGACAUCGACAUCAACCCAGGCGCUGUCUACAAAUGCAGGCAUUGCCCCUACAUCAACACCCGCAUUCAUGGCGUCCUGACCCACUACCAGAAGCGACAUCCGUCCAUCAAGGUGACCGCCGAGGACUUUGUGCAUGACGUGGAGCAGUCUGCGGACAUAUCCCAGAACGAUGUGGAGGAGACAAGCAGGAUUUUCAAGCAAGGGUAUGGUGCCUACCGGUGCAAACUGUGUCCAUACACCCAUGGCACUUUGGAGAAACUCAAAAUCCACUAUGAGAAGUAUCACAACCAGCCUGAAUUUGAUGUCUUUUCCCAGUCGCCCCUGAAGCUGCCAUUAUCCCUUGAGCCCGAGAUAACCACUGAAGUGAGCCCCUCCCAAGUCUCACUGACCGAGGAGGAGGUGGGUGAGGAGCCGGAGUCCACACCUCACUUCUCUACCUCGCACCUGGUCUCCCACACUGUGUUCCGGUGCCAGCUCUGCAAGUACUUCUGUUCCACGAGGAAGGGGAUAGCCAGGCACUACCGUAUUAAGCACAACAACGUCCGAGCCCAGCCGGAGGGCAAGAACAACCUCUUCAAGUGCGCCCUGUGUUCCUACACCAACCCCAUCCGCAAAGGGCUGGCAGCCCACUACCAGAAGCGCCAUGACAUCGAUGCCUAUUACACCCACUGCCUGGCAGCCUCUAGAACCAUCAGUGACAAGCCCAACAAGGUGAUCAUCCCAUCUCCACCCAAGGACGACUCUCCCCAGCUGAGUGAGGAACUCCGGCGGGCCGUGGAGAAGAAAAAGUGUUCCCUGUGCUCUUUCCAGUCCUUUAGCAAGAAGGGCAUCGUGUCCCAUUACAUGAAGCGUCACCCGGGGGUGUUCCCAAAGAAGCAGCAUGCCAGCAAGUUGGGGAGCUACUUCACUGCCGUGUAUGCCGAUGAGCACGAGAAGUCGCCACCAAUGGAGGAAGAGGAGAGAGGCAGCUUUGAGAAAGCUGAGGUGGAAGGCGAAGCUCAGGAAAUCGAGUGGCUGCCGUUUCGCUGCAUCAAAUGCUUCAAGCUCUCAUUCAGCACGGCUGAACUGCUGUGUAUGCAUUACACCGACCACCACAGCCGGGACCUCAAGAGGGACUUCGUCAUUCUGAGCACUGGCCCCCGCUUGCAGAACUCCACCUACCAGUGCAAGCACUGUGACAGCAAACUGCAAAGCACAGCGGAGCUGACCUCACACUUGAACAUUCACAAUGAGGAAUUCCAGAAGCGUGCCAAACGUCAGGAGAGGAGGAAACAGCUUUUGAGCAAGCAGAAAUAUGCAGAUGGUGCUUUUGCAGAUUUCAAACAAGAGAGGCCUUUUGGUCACUUAGAAGAGGUGCCAAAGAUCAAGGAGAGGAAAGUGGUGGGCUACAAGUGUAAAUUCUGUGUGGAAGUGCACCCGACGCUCCGAGCUAUCUGCAAUCACCUCCGAAAGCACGUCCAGUAUGGCAGCGUCCCGGCCGUGUCCGCUGCCGUGAAGGGGCUGCGUUCUCACGAGAGGAGCCAUCUGACCCUGGCCAUGUUUACCCGCGAGGACAAGUACAGCUGCCAGUAUUGCUCCUUUGUAUCUGCUUUCAGGCACAAUUUGGAUCGCCACAUGCAAACCCACCACGGACACCAUAAACCAUUCCGAUGCAAGCUCUGCUCCUUCAAGUCGUCCUAUAACAGCCGGCUGAAAACACAUAUACUCAAAGCUCAUGCUGGUGAACAUGCCUACAAGUGUUCUUGGUGCUCGUUUUCCACCAUGACAAUCAGCCAGUUGAAAGAACACUCCCUCAAGGUCCACGGAAAAGCCCUGACCCUCCCCAGGCCUCGAAUUGUCAGUCUCCUCUCCUCACACGCCCACCACUCCUCACAAAAAGCUACCCCAGCUGAAGAAAUAGAAGACUCCAAUGACUCGUCAUACUCGGAGCCCCCAGAUGUUCAGCAGCAGUUGAAUCACUACCAGUCAGCUGCCCUGGCAAGGAACAACAGCCGUGUGAGCCCCGUGCCCCUCUCUGGGGCCACUGCUGGCACCGAGCAGAAAACCGAAGCCGUUCUUCACUGCGAAUUCUGUGAAUUCUCCUCUGGCUAUAUCCAGAGCAUCAGGCGCCAUUACCGGGACAAGCAUGGCGGGAAGAAACUCUUCAAGUGCAAAGAUUGCUCCUUUUACACAGGCUUUAAAUCUGCUUUUACUAUGCACGUGGAAGCUGGGCAUUCGGCGGUUCCUGAGGAGGGCCCCAAAGAUCUUCGCUGUCCUCUCUGCCUCUAUCACACCAAAUACAAGCGCAACAUGAUUGACCACAUCGUGCUGCACCGAGAAGAGCGAGUUGUCCCCAUUGAAGUGUGCCGUUCCAAACUGUCAAAAUACUUGCAGGGAGUAGUUUUCCGCUGUGAUAAGUGUACCUUCACCUGCUCCAGUGACGAGAGCCUCCAGCAACACAUAGAAAAGCACAAUGAACUGAAACCUUACAAAUGCCAACUCUGCUAUUAUGAGACCAAGCACACGGAGGAACUGGACAGCCACCUUCGAGAUGAGCAUAAGGUCAGCCGGAACUUUGAGCUUGUUGGACGUGUUAACUUGGAUCAGCUGGAACAGAUGAAGGAAAAAAUGGAGAGCUCCAGUAGUGAUGAUGAAGACAAGGAAGAAGAAAUGAACAGCAAAGCUGAAGACAGAGAUCUGAUGAGAUUUUCCGAUUGUGGGACUGCUGUGAACACUGAGAAGCGUUUUCCAUGUGAAUUUUGUGGACGGGCAUUUUCACAGGGCUCCGAAUGGGAAAGGCAUGUGCUGAGGCACGGAAUGGCUUUGAAUGAUACCAAGCAGGUGACCAGAGAAGAAAUCCAUGUAAAAGAGAGCUUGGAGGACAGUGUCCAGAUGGCCUCCAUGGAGGAAAAGGCAGGGGACGCGGCAAUGGGGAUAGACUUUUCUCUAAAGAACGAAACAGUAGCCAUCUGUGUGGUAGCUGCCGACAAAUCUCUCCUGGAGAAUGCAGAGGCCAAAAAAGAAUAAGCGUUUGGUGAAAUUCUUAAUCAAACCUUACUUGAACCGUGAUGAAAAGGUGGGUGGGGCCAGCUUGGGCUUGAGAAGGGAGGGACAGAAAAGAGAAGACAGAAACAAAGCUGCUUUUUAGGACUGAACAAUCUAUUUUCAAAGCACUGGUACCUUUGUGAAUGAGUAUGUAAAUUAAAGUUAUUUAAAUGGUUGGCAUAUGUGGCUCCUUUUCCAUCACUGCAUCUUUUCUUCCGGAUCUUCGUCGUGGAAGUUCCUUUUGUUGAGGAGUACGGAAACACCUCCUGUGCACACGGUGUACUCGGUGGUGGUCUUGGACAGAAUGUGGAGGACAGAGGCUCCGUGACCGUAGAAGACUUCGCAUAGGGGAACAACUUUUUGACGCACAACUUUCGGUGCGUUUUUCUAGUUUUAAUACCUUAAGCUUUUUCAAGACCUAACUUGCAGCCGCUUUGGGGAAAACAAACAAAAAAACAGAAAACAAAAAAA